CUCUUAUGUCCAAAGGAAUCUUACAGGUACAUCCUCCAAUCUGUGAUUGCCCUGGGUGUCGAAUUUCGUCUCCAGUGAACCGGGGUCGCCUGGCGGAGAAGAGGACAAUCCCCCUGCCUCCCACCAGGAUCCCGAAGAAAGAGCUUACCUCAAUUUUCUCGCAUAGUGAUGACAGCGAAGAGAGUGACAAGGGCAAUGGUCAACACCCUGAAGUGAAGCAGGAGGAGGAUCUCCAUAUCAGUAUCAUGAAAAGAAGGAUACACACCCACUGGGAUUUAAACAUCUCCUUCCGAGAGACCUCUUGCAGCCGUGAUAACGACCUCUCCACUAUCAUCUCCAACCUGCAUCAGAGCCGUCAGCUCGUUAUGCCAGAGACCCAGAGCCGUUGUGAAUUCAAGAGAAACAGCAUUGACGUUGGCUUAGGAGCAGCAGAUGAAAUUUUAGGCAAGAGAAGAGUAUGUUCUCCCAACAGCAGCAGUGAGUGUCCUUUAGAAAGCAAGAAAGCCCGAAGCGAGUCCCCGAAAGAAAACUCCCACACACCUCUGCUUGAGGACUCGGUGACUCAGAUGACCCCAGAAGAGCACUACAGACGCAUGAUGUCAGCACUGAACGAACACAGCACGUUUGAAGAGCAGCAGCAGCAGCGUCUCUACCAGCUGGCUAACAGCAUGGCAGUGCCCAGCCAUGGAGGGUUGCCAGUUCGUUUCCAGGCUUGCUUGGAAGCGAUUGGCUGUGUCUGUAGCAGAAACAAAUGUAUCAGAACAGGAGGAUGGGAGGUAGGUGGGAUCUUGAGAGUCCUGGCUGCUUUCUUCCCCAUCUGGCUCUGCGUCUUUUCAUUUUUCGCUCCCCUUUUUCAAGUUUGGCGUAUGGAUGAGCAGGCGUCUUUUUAUAUCAGAGCAGCCUCCUGUAUCAAAUGCAGGGAGAUAUCCCACCCACCGCCUCUGCUUUCACCCCAGAACGCGCCCCAUAUUGCCCUGGGGCCCCACUUGAGACCUCCUUUCCUCGGGGUGCCUUCAGCUCUGUGCCAGACACCAGGUUAUGGGUUCCUACAGCCAGCACAAGCAGAGAUGUUUGCACGGCAGCAGGAGAUGCUACGAAAGCAAAACCUGGCAAGAUUGGAGAUGUCAGCUGAGAUCAUCCGCCAGAAGGAGCUGGAGAACCUGCACAGGCAAAGGCUACUGGCCAGCGAUCCGCUGAGCUUGCACCCGGGCUUGCCGCCGGACCACCCGGCCCUGCGCAACGUGCAUGACAUCCCGGAGGGCCACCCGCUGCGGGAGGAGCUCUCCCGGAGGAACGCCAUGCUGGUGCUGCGGCACAACAACACGCCCCUGCUCUCCCUCAACCCCGGCGUCCCCAGCAGCGCCACGCCGCCCAAGGAGCAGCCUCGGCGCGGCAGCCGGAAAUCGGCGCACCACCGCGCCGAGCCACAAGGGCUGAGCGAGGCCAAGGAGCUGGCGGAGCCCCGGGUGCGGGACGGGCUGCCAGACUGUAAUGAUGAGGAGAUGAAGGACUCUGAGAGCGAUGCAGACGUGAGUGACGAGAAGCCGGAGAACCUGAAGGCUGAGAGCAGCAGCUCGGCCACAGAGCUGAAGGAGUGCAAAGAGACAGGCAAAGUCUGCGAGGGGGCCAAGGAGCUGAGUGAAGUGGCUGCUGGCCAAAAUGCCCCCUGCAGCUCCUCGAGUGCGGAGUCCCCCAGCCACUUGCUCGGCCCAGGCAUCAACAAAAAUGAGGUGAAAUACCUCCCGCCAGCCUCCAUCCCACCACCUCAGCCACUGCCCUUCGGAUUCCCUUACACGAUGAGCCCAUACUUCCAUGCAGGCACCAUGGGAGGUCUGUUUUUGGAUGGCGAGGAAAGCCCUGCGCUGGAAGACAUCAGCAAAUGGACAGUGGAGGAUGUGUGUAGCUUUGUGUCCAACUUGUCUGGCUGCACCGAGUACACUCAGGUAUUCCGAGAGCAGGCUAUUGAUGGUGAGACCCUGCCCCUCCUGACAGAAGAGCACUUACUGAACAAUAUGGGGCUGAAACUGGGACCAGCACUGAAGAUAAGGUCACAGGUAGGACAAUUUUUCUUUCGUUCCAUGGCCGGCUUCCCCAUGGCUUUCCCACUGCACCCUCCUGGCUUGCGGCCACCAGAGCGGGACCUGCCCCCAGCCGAUCUCCGGCCAUCCUCCACGGGAAGCGUGGCCUCCCCCUUCAGCAGUGGCCUCCCCUCAGCCAGCCGCAUCUCACCAAAGCAGGAAAACGGUAACUCCUCCAUCAUUGCUGGGCUCAACGACACCACGAAACCUCCAUCGUAACUGCAGGACAGCUCUUAACUGCUUCUGGAACUGCUAUUCAGUUGAACAAACUGAAGGUAAUGCAUUUUGAGAGAUCAGGAGAGCCUCCCUCAGCAGUGUGCGACAUAGGAGUGAGGAAGGGAGAUUUUUUUUUUAGGUUUUUUUGGGUGCGUUUGUUUUUUGUUUAAAAGAAAAAGUUUUUAAACUGUAAAAAGGGAAGGAAGGAAGACAAGAAAACUAUCCAAAGAUGUAUCGCGACAACGCAAGUGAAAGAAAACAAUUCUUGGAGGACGCUGGCAGCACUCUCAUUCCCUUCCACACCCCUUCUUGCUCACCAGCCUGAGGUGGAGAGCUGCAGCCAGGGAACGAACACUCGUCUUUCUUUGCCUUCAAAGGAACAUGGCUUUCAAGGCCCUCUGGGUGUGACUCCAAACUGGAAGGGAAGGGAAAGGGACACUGCUCCUCCCAGUGGUACUCAGCACCCCUGAGCAAAAAAAAAAAAAACAAAAAACCUAACCAUGAAAGAUGAAACCAACAGCCCCUUCCUUCCCCGAUAUCUCCUCCUCCCUGGAAACUGUACUCAGUUCCUCAUUCAGGUGUCUAUGCAUCUCUAGCAACUUUUAAAAUAAUACCAAAGACAGACAGACACACACACACACAAAAGAAAGAAAGGAAAAAAAAAAA